AGCUAGUAGCCAAUCCUGUGCGGAGGGAAAACGCUUGACGGUGGUAAUAAGGCACACAGGCUCAUUCAGCCAGAUAACUCCUCGUCUUUCAGCGCUUCUUCACUGCGUGUCUAUCCUCAAGCAACAUGUCCAUCGUGAAGAUUCAUGCUCGGGAGAUUUUUGAUUCCAGAGGGAACCCGACAGUAGAAGUGGACCUUUACACAGACAAAGGUCUGUUUCGAGCUGCUGUUCCUAGUGGAGCGUCCACUGGCAUCUAUGAAGCGCUGGAGUUAAGGGACAAUGAUAAAUCAUGCUAUAUGGGGAAAGGUGUCUCAAAGGCUGUUCAGCAUGUCAAUCAAAUAAUUGCACCUGCACUGAUCGAACAGGGAAUCUCUGUAGUUGAGCAAGAGAAGCUUGACCAGUUCAUGCUGGAGUUGGAUGGCACUGAUAACAAGUCUCAGUUUGGAGCUAAUGCCAUCCUGGGUGUAUCCCUGGCUGUGUGCAAGGCAGGAGCUGGAGAGAAAGGUGUCCCUUUGUAUCAACAUAUUGCUGAUCUUGCAGGCAACCCAGAGGUCAUCCUGCCAGUGCCGGCUUUUAAUGUGAUAAAUGGUGGCUCCCAUGCGGGCAAUAAGCUGGCGAUGCAGGAGUUCAUGAUCCUGCCAGUGGGAGCAAAUAGCUUUAAGGAGGCCAUGCGCAUCGGGGCUGAGGUCUACCACAACCUGAAAAACGUCAUUAAGGAGAAGUAUGGCAAGGAUGCCACCAAUGUAGGCGAUGAGGGUGGAUUUGCUCCAAAUAUCCUGGAGAAUAAGGAAGCUCUGGAGCUGCUAAAGCUUGCUAUCAGCAAAGCAGGUUACUCGGAUGAAGUUGUUAUUGGCAUGGAUGUGGCAGCAUCAGAAUUUUACCGGGAUGGAAAAUAUGAUCUGGAUUUCAAGUCACCUGAUGACCCCAGUCGUUACAUCACCUCUGAUGAACUUGCUGAACUGUACAAGAGCUUUGUGCAGGAUUACCCUGUGGUGUCCAUCGAGGACCCAUUUGACCAGGACGACUGGCAGGCCUGGGCCAGCUUUACAGGCACUACAGACAUUCAGGUAGUUGGGGACGACCUGACCGUGACUAACCCCAAACGCAUUUCCAAAGCAGUGGAGGAGAAGGCCUGCAACUGUCUGCUGCUCAAAGUGAACCAGAUUGGCUCUGUAACUGAGUCCCUGCAGGCAUGUAAGCUGGCUCAGUCCAAUGGCUGGGGUGUGAUGGUGAGCCACCGCUCAGGAGAGACUGAGGACACUUUCAUCGCUGACCUGGUGGUUGGCCUGUGCACUGGACAGAUCAAAACAGGAGCACCCUGUCGUUCUGAACGCCUGGCCAAAUACAACCAGAUCCUCAGAAUUGAAGAGGAGCUGGGUGAUAAGGCUCAUUUUGCAGGGAGGAAGUUCAGGAACCCACUGAACUGAGUCAGAGCUACUGACUACACUAUAUAUAUAUAGAAAUCUAGAAAAUUAAAGUGUAUCUAUAGAAAUCUGUACUGUAUCACUGACAAGGGUGGAUAUAUGAAAUAUUUCAGAAUGGAUAAACAGAUCUGCAGUAUUUGUUUGUUGGUAAAAUACUAAUGCUGUGAAAUUAAUUACUAACUUACCAAGAAUUGUAUUUAUAAAAAGCCAAUUAUGUCUGGUUUUAGAGCAUCUUGUGUUUCCAGCAGAUUAAAAAUAAACAUGACCUCAAAAACCUU